UAUAUAAGGCUUUGAAAUCCCGUGUCUGAAAAAAGUCACCCUUUCAAAAGCAAUGCAAUGGAAUUAUUCUUUAACAUUUGUGUUUUUAUAUUAACACUUUCAUUCAUGCCAUGCCACUGUGAUCAUUUUCGUGGUGGUACAAUCAGUUGGAAACCAACAGGGAAUAAAUAUGAAGUUGAAUUCAAGUACAAGCUCGGAUGGAGGCAUACCUAUGGGAUAGGAUGUACCCCAUCUCUAAUCGGAAGAUACGUAGACAAUACAACCUUUUCAUGGGAAUGCACAUCUGGCUGUGCAGGUUCAGGUACAGUUCUGUCUUCAAAGGGAUAUAUUUGUACCGCAGUGAGUUCAUCAGAGAAUUGGGAACUAGGUGAAUACACGUUUAGAUAUACGUUUAGUAAAAGUGGACCUUUUACAGUCAGCUACUAUGCCUGUUGUUGGAUUGACCUUGACUAUGGAACAGGUGAUGGUUCAUGGAAUUUACCAACAACGGUUGAUUUAGGGACCCGAUCGGAUUUAAAAGUUCCUAACAGUAGCCCAGUUACAGCAGGGAAACCAUUGUACAUUGUCAAAUAUGGAUGCACACAAACAAUCAAAAUACCUGUCUUAGAUCAAGAUGGCGACAACAUUAGAUGUAGGUGGGCAUCUGGGAACGAAUGCAGCUCUGCUUGUAGAAGGAUUCCAAACGCAGUUUUAGACGAGAAUAAGUGCACGCUGACAAUAUCUGCGACUACAGGAGCUGGCGAUAUAUACGCUGUGGCGAUCAUGGUAGAGGACAAACCAAAAACAACCAUUACAUUGAGUGGACGCCAAUUUACACCGCAAAAUGUGCUGUCAUCAGUACCACUGCAGUUUCUUGUAAAAACACCUGAUAUUGAAUCUCGAUCAUGCUCUGAUAGGCCUGUCUUUGUAAACCCAACACCUGCAGAAUCGGCCGUGAUUGUUGUUCAACCAGGCGGGUCACUGUAUGUUAGCUUCUAUGCCACAUCGAGGGGAACUAGCAUAAGAUCGUUUCUGUUGAUUGGACCACCUGGCCUGCGGAAAUCAUCAAUAAGACAAUUGUCUUUGAGCCCGGGUGUUUAUUCAAUUGACGUGACAUGGACCCCUUCUGCAUCAGAUAGAGGCCCUCAGUCGUUGUGUGCUGAAGCAACAGAUGCCUACAAAAUCAGUAGUGAUAUGCGAUGCGUGACGAUAGCUGCAUGGGAUAUCAACCCUUGCACCAGUGCUCCAUGUACACACAAUGGUACCUGUUCUCGAAUUGGCUACACGCAAGAUUUUGUAUGUGAUUGUCUUCCUGGAUAUACGGGUCUUCAAUGUCAAACGGAUAUAAACGAAUGCGCGAGUAACCCUUGUUUGAAUGGUGCAACAUGUUUUGACCUCAUAAACGAAUAUUUUUGUGGCUGCGUCCCUGGUUACACUGACGUCAAUUGUCAGACAGAUAUAGAUGAGUGCAAGAUUCGGACUUGCGCAAAUGGAGGCACUUGUCAUGACCUCGUUAUCAAAGCUGUAUGUGACUGUAUCCCUGGCUUUACAGGGGAACUUUGUCAAACAGGUAUCGAUCUAUGUAAGUCCAACCCAUGUGAGAACGGUGCGAUGUGUCUAUACAAUGAGACUACCGGUUAUGAAUGCGCAUGCUCAGAGGGCUGGUAUGGUUCUCACUGCGCAAUCCGGCAUGAAAAUGAGACAUAUUACAACGAAACACUAAUGACUACAGAUUACAUGCAUUACUCUAGCUGUGACUGUUUUCUCGGACACGGAAAACAAGAGCUUUGCUAUGUUUAUAACAAAAAGAAGGGUAUCGGCUUCGGUGUUGUUGGGGUUACCCUUGGAAUUUUAACCGCCGUGUUAGCUUACACAUUCAUAGAGUGUAUAUUUAACAAACAAGGUCCCUGCUUUCAGCAUGAUGAUCUAGAUGAUCAAUCCCAACUUGAUGCCGACAAAGACACUGUGGAAAAAGCCAAUACGAAAGAGGCACCAGUUGAAACUGCAUGUACUAAAAAAGAGGAUACUAUCACACCAAGGCAUCGUAAAUGUUGGGCUUGUGUUGUCAAGAAUAUGAAAGAUCCACCACCUCCGUGGUUGCUCUUUAAAAAGUAGGAAGAAAUUGCGAAACUCUAUAUUGCACACGUUUUUGUUUGUUGUCAAUAUAUACAUGUAUUUGGACAACAUCGUCUUGAAACAAUAACAUUUGAAGUUGAAGUUUAUACAUUAAAGAAAACAAUACAUUUGAUUAUUACAUUAUAAAAGAUGAAUGUACUGCUGAUUAUCUGUCGCUUUAUCACUUUAAUUAGUCAUGCAAUUUAUAAAUUGAAUUAUAUCUUUGUAUUACAGA